AUGUCUGAGGGGGGAAAUUCGCCACUGCCGCCGCUGCCCGAACAGCAGCCAUCCACGAAGAAGAGCGUCAAAUGCGUUCAGGAAUUGUUUUUGGAUGCGACGCACUACAAGCUCAGCUGGGGCAAGUUCGCUAGGGUGGCGAAGAUGGGGCCGCUAGCGGAACGCAUCGAACAGCUACCGGGGUCAAUGGGAACCAUGCCGGUGGUCGAGGUAAGCGCCAAACUUCAACCUGACAUCGCGGUAAUCCUGCAGCUUCGUGCCACACACAUACAGUGCUGCCAGUACCUACGGGAUAUGUGCAGCAGCCUGAACACCAACGAGCUGGCCACCCUGCAGCAAUUGGCCAGCAUCUUGUUCCUCCUCGCUGAUGGCGACCCGAAGAUGGACACAUGCCACGCGUCACUGCUGCGCCACAGCUUUAACGUUGUCGAUUCGCUAGAGCCCAUGCUGGUGCAUCACUUUACCAAGCUGCUGCUGGACUACUUUGGUGGCACAUCGAGCAGCAGCCGUGGCCAGGUGCUGCGUAUUGCUCGACUACUAGGGGCAAGGAGUGGCAUCGGCAGGGCCGUCAGCGUGUGCCUGCUGUGGGACAUCAUCUUUAGCUAUGCCGAAAUACCCAUUGACAUUCACCAGUACCGCGAGCUGAACGAGCUACGCGUUUUGAAGGAUGUGCCCAUGGCGGACUUGAGCAACACCAGCUUCAGGUGCCUCAUCCGUGCGGUGGGCACUCUGCUGCACUUGCUGCUGUGCUGCCCGGACCUGGCCGAGUUCCUCCACCACGGCUAUCCGAACUUUUACUUUCGCAUCCAGCCACAGGAUGUGAACUUGCUGCGCACAUGGCUGGUAAAGGCGGAGGGCUGCAUGGACGCUAACCGUCCGCGCACCGAUGCUGCCAAGCUGCAGGAAGUGCUGGACUAUCUCUCAGCUCCCGAACCAACGCGUCAAUGGUGCCACGAGUGCCGCAACCAAAACGGCAAUGUCCGAGUGCCCCGCUCCGACGUGGAGUGUUUGCUUUCCAAGAUGCGCAUGUGA